UGGGAAGAAUGUUCCUUGCAUUGGUGGUCAGUGGGAAGAAUGUUCCGUACAUUGGUGGUCAGUGGGAAGAAUGUUCCUUGCAUUGGUGGUCAGUGGGAAGAACGUCCCCUUACAUUGAUGGUCAGUGGGAAGAAUGUUCCUUGAAUUGGUGGUCAGUGGGAAGAAUGUUCCUUACAUUGGUGGUCAGUGAGAAGAAUGCCCCUUACUUUGUUGAUCAUUGAGAAAAAUUCCCUUUACAUUGGUGAUCAGUGGAAAGAAUACCUUCUCACAUUGGUGGUCAGUGGGAAGAAUGUUCCUUACAUUGGUGGUCAGUGGGAAGAAUGUUCCUUACAUUGGUGGUCAGUGUGAAGAAUUCCCCUUACUUUGGUGAUCAUUGAGAAGAAUUCCCCUUACAUUGGUGAUCAGUAGGAAGAAUGCCCCUUACUUUGGUGCUCAUUGAGAAGAAUGUCCCUUACAUUGGUGAGCAGUAGGAAGAAUGCCUUCUUACAUUGGUGGUCAGUGGGAA